AUGGGAACAACGCUAGGUAUAUUCAUGGGAUACUGUGUCUGCUACGGUAGCUAUCAUAAUUAUAGCGACGCUAGACAGUGGAGAAUCCCUGUGGGACUUUCCUUUGCCUGGGCCAUUAUAUCCAUGUUUGGUACUAUAUUAGCCCCUGAAUCACCAAGAUUCUUGGUGCAGAAAGGAAAAAUUGAGAUGGCGAAGGAGUCAAUUGCCAAGAUCAAUAGAGCACAAAAUAAUUCUACAAUUGUUCUAGAUGAGCUUAACAAUUUGAUGGAAGCAAUUGAAUUAGAAAACCAAACGGGCAAGCCUAACUGGAAAGAGUUCUUUACUGGAAAACCAAAGAUAUUUUUUAGAGUUACGAUGGGUGUCGUGCUAGACUCUUUGCAACAAUUAACCGGAAAUACUUAUUUCUUUUACUACGCAACUUCAACCUUCAAAUCCGUGGGUUUGACGGAUGGAUUCAUGACUUCAAUUAUCCUAGGAGUAGACAAUUUUGCUUCAACAUUUGUCGCUUUAUACAUUAUAGAUCAUCUCGGUAGAAGAAAGACAUUAAUGAGUGGAUCUGCAGGAAUGCUUGCCUGUAUGGCAGCUUAUUCCAUUCUUGGAGUGGUUGCACUUUAUCCGAAAGAAUAUGGUGUAGAUCCUAAGAAGCCAAUAGGGGAUGCUAUGAUCUUCUUCUGCUGCCUAUUCAUAUUUUUUUUUGCUACUACAUGGGGUCCUGGAGUUUAUGUCAUAGUGGGCGAGUCAUAUCCUUUGAGAAUACGGGCAGAUGCUAUAGCAAUUGCUACCGCAGGAAACUGGAUAUGGGGAUUCCUAAUUGCAUUUUUCACACCAAUUAUAACCAAUGUCAUUCACUUUGCAUAUGGGUUUGUAUUUGUUGGUACAGCAGCUUUCGAGCUCGUCUUUGUUUUUACUUGUGUUCCUGAAACCAAAGGAAUGUGCUUAGAGGACGUUGAUGAGUUGUACGAACAUUUCACUCCGGGACUUGCAUUCAGAACAAAGCAAACGGCAAAGAACAAUACGUGA